CGGGCCCCACCCCUCAAGCUAGGCUGAGCUGUGCCUACGUCGGCCUCGACUCCCGGGGGCUGGAGGAGUUACCUUUGGAGCCCGAAAGGAGGAAGGAAGCAAAAUAUCAACAACGCCGAGGCGGCUCGGGCGCUCGGCCCCGGUCCCCCCUUCCCGCCGCGCGCCUGCCCGCCCCCGCGCCCACGGCGGGGGCCCAGGCCCCCCGGCGCCGCCCAGGGCCCGCGCGGACGCCGGCCUCAUUUGUUAUUCCCCCCCGCCCGGAGCUGCGGCUGCCCGGCGUUGAAGGUCCCCCGGACCGGGGGCGAGGGCCACCCCUCCCAGCUGUGACACCCCUUUCCCCCAGCGGGGCCGGACGCUGUGCAGAAGCUGUCCUCCAGAACAUGAACUGAGCCCUGGUCCCAGGCUGUUCAUGAGCACAGUGUGAGGUGCGCCGAGACCCGCCACCCAGCGAUCCCCUCCCCUCCCUAGCACUGAGGACCCCCGGAGAAGAUGGGGAGGAAAAAGAUUCAGAUCCAGCGAAUCACUGACGAGCGGAACCGACAGGUGACGUUCACCAAGCGUAAGUUCGGGCUGAUGAAGAAGGCGUACGAGCUGAGCGUGCUGUGUGACUGCGAGAUCGCGCUCAUCAUCUUCAACCACUCCAACAAGCUGUUCCAGUACGCCAGCACCGACAUGGACAAGGUCCUGCUCAAGUACACCGAGUACAACGAGCCGCACGAGAGCCGCACCAACGCUGACAUCAUCGAGGCGCUGCACAAGAAGCACAGGGAGUGUGAGAGCCCCGAGGCGGACGAGGUGUUUGCCCUGACCCCCCAGACGGAGGAGAAGUAUAAAAAGAUAGACGAGGAGUUUGAUAAAAUGAUGCAGAGUUAUAGACUGGCCUCCGCUGUGCCGGCCCCCAACUUCGCCAUGCCUGUCACAGUGCCUGUGUCCAGUCAGAGCUCCCUGCAGUUCAGCAAUCCCAGCGGCUCUCUGGUCACCCCUUCCCUGGUGACGUCAUCCCUCACGGACCCACGGCUCCUGUCCCCCCAGCAGCCAGCGCUGCAGAGAAACAGUGUGUCCCCGGGCCUGCCCCAGCGGCCGGCCAGCGCAGGGGCCAUGCUGGGGGGCGACCUCAACAGUGCUAACGGAGCCUGCCCCAGCCCUGUCGGGAAUGGCUAUGUCAGUGCUCGGGCUUCACCCGGGCUCCUCCCCGUGGCCAAUGGCAGCACUCUGAACAAGGGCAUCCCUGCCAAGUCUCCACCUCCGCCCACCCACGGCGCCCAGCUUGGAGCCCCCAGUCGCAAGCCUGACCUGAGGGUCAUCACCUCCCAGGGAGGAAAAGGGUUGAUGCAUCAUCUGACUGAGGACCACUUAGAUCUGAACAAUGCCCAGCGCCUCGGGGCCUCCCAGUCCACCCACUCGCUCACCACGCCAGUGGUUUCCGUGGCAACGCCCAGUUUACUCAGCCAGGGCCUCCCCUUCUCCUCCAUGCCCACUGCCUACAACACAGCAGAUUACCAGCUGAGCAGCGCCGAGCUCUCCUCCCUCCCGACCUUCAGCUCGCCCGGGGGGCUGUCACUAGGCAGCGUCACCGCCUGGCCGCAGCCCACGCAGCCUGCGCAGCCGCCCCAGCCGCAGCCGCCCCAGCAGCAGCCGCCGCAGCAGCCGCCCCAGCCGCCCCAGCCGCCCCAGCAGCCCCAGCCGCAGCCCCAUCUGGUCCCCGUGUCUCUCAGCAGCCUGAUCCCGGGCAGCCCACUGCCCCACGUGGGGGCCGCCCUCACAGUCACCACCCACCCCCACAUCAGCAUCAAGUCGGAGCCGGUGUCCCCCAGCCGGGAGCGCAGCCCCGCACCGCCCCCUCCGGCCGUGUUCCCGGCCACCCGCCCCGAGCCUGGCGACGGCCUCAGCAGCCCCGCCAGCGGUUCCUACGAGACCGGGGACCGGGACGACGGACGGGGGGACUUCGGGCCCACGCUGGGCCUGCUGCGCCCGGCCCAGGAGCCCGAGGCGGAGGGCCCCGCUGUGAAGAGGAUGCGGCUGGACACCUGGACAUUAAAGUGACGAUUCCCACUCCCCUCCUCUCAGCCUCCCUGACGAAGAGCUGACAAUCUCACCGCCCACCCCUCCCCGCCCUGGGCUCCUCCCGCUCGACCCCCACUUCCUUUUGUGCUCCGUGUCCUGUUGACGGUUACGUUUGUGUAUAAUUAUUAUAUUAUUAUUAUUAUUAUUAUAUUUUUUUUAA